AAAGAGAAGGUGAAUUCCCUUUCUUCUGCAGUUGUGAUUACCACAGUCGUACCUGCCCACUACCCGUUAUACCCGUGUGGACCGGCAUAUGCAAGGAGAAAUACCAUCGAGUUCCAGUGAAAGAGGUAAAACCGUUCCUCUGGAGUUAUUCAGUUAUCCAUUAUGGCGUUGCGAAAAAUGACUCUGUCUCGAGCUUCGUCCUAGUCGUCAACGUUUUAUUUUUUUUUAUUUCAAAGUUUUUUCAUUUUUCAAUUUUUUUUAAAGCUCAUCAUAAAUGUAAAGUUUGUCGUUUCGAUUUCGGAAAUUUUUUUAUCGUACCGUUGUGGUGUUAAUUUUUUCAUUUACCAAGUUGAAAUAUUAUCUAAUUUGAAAAAAUGCCGAAAACGAAUUUUUUGUACCGGUGUUGUUUGUUUUUGUGCUUUUUAUCGGUUAUUAUAGAAUUCGAUGUUAGUUCUGCGAUUAAAGUGAGCACUGAAACUAGUACCGCAUCGUCAACCGCAGCCAAUUCAACAGUCAAGCCGAAAGUUAAAAAAAGAAAUGGCGGCGGAACAACGACCAAAGGAGGAGGCAGCGGAGGAAGUAGUGACCAAACGGUAGCCGAAUCGUGGUGGAGGCCAGCCAGCGAACUGUCGCCCGGUAUCAGUAUUCGUGAUCCGCAAGACGAUUUCAUUGCCGCUGGUCACGGCCUUGUGCAAACGCAUCCGCCAUCGUUUGGCAUUUCGUCUAAUUCCUUAGGAAUCGGUUUAUCUGAUCCUGGUAGCGAUGUUCCACUUGACUUGAGCACUUUCCGCUCGUUGGAUUACGAUACGCGUGGCUUAGACGAGCUGAGACUGCAUCCGGAGUUUUCAUCGCCAGAGGAAUGCGCUCGGGCUUGUCGAGAAGGAGAACCUCCUAGAAUAUGCUACUAUCAUUUCACUAUGGAACUGUAUACCGUACUCGGAGCAGCUUGCCAAGUAUGCACUCCAAAUGCCACCAACACGGUAUGGAGUCACUGUCAAUGUGUAUUAGCCGAUGGAGUCGAAAGAGGAAUUUUAACAGUGAACAGAAUGUUACCAGGGCCAAGUAUACAGGUUUGCGAAGGAGAUAAAGUAGUUAUUGAUGUAAGGAAUGGUAUGGAAGGUAUGGAAGCUACCAUCCAUUGGCACGGAAUUCAUCAAAGAGGGACCCAGUAUUCGGACGGUGUACCUUAUGUCACGCAGUGCCCCAUAUUGAACGGUAACACAUUCAGAUACCAGUGGGUAGCUGGAAACGCUGGAACUCAUUUUUGGCACGCUCAUACUGGAUUACAGAAAAUGGACGGUAUAUACGGUAGUAUUGUUGUACGACAAGCCCCUUCGUUGGAUCCGAACAGUCACUUGUACGAUUACGAUUUAACUACGCAUAUCAUGCUGUUAUCUGAUUGGUUGCACGAAGACGCUAUUGAAAGAUACCCUGGUAGAUUAGCAGCAAAUACUGGUCAAGAUCCUGAAACUAUAUUGAUCAACGGCAAAGGACAAUUCACUGACCCGAUGACAGGAUACAGUACAAACACACCUUUGGAAACCUUCACCAUAACUCCUGGAAGACGAUACAGAUUCCGUAUGAUAAACUCAUUCGCAUCGGUAUGUCCUGCUCAGUUGACCAUUCAAGGGCACCCAUUGAUCUUGAUUGCCACGGAUGGUGAACCGGUGCAUCCUGUUAUUGUGAACACUAUUAUAUCAUUCUCCGGCGAGCGAUAUGAUUUUGUAAUAAAUGCCGAGCAGCCGGUCGGCGCUUAUUGGAUACAAGUACGCGGUUUAGGUGAAUGUGGACGUAAACGGGUGCAACAACUGGGAAUACUACGAUACGCCCGCGGGCCAUAUCAACCUACUUCAAGACCGCCGACUUACGAUGUGGGAUUACCACAAGGCGUUGUAUUGAACCCAUUGGAUGCAGUCUGCAAUCGUCCUCGAACCGAUGCAAUUUGCAUCAAUCAACUGAAAAACGCCAAACCAAUCGACAAAGGUUUACUACAAGAGAGACCAGACGUGAAAAUCUUCUUACCAUUUAGAUUCUUAUUCUACAGACCCGAAGAGCUCUUCCAAGCACAUCAGUACAACAGAUAUUUAGUCGCGCCGAACGGAGGAGAUCACGUAAUCAGUUUAGUUGACGAAAUCUCGUACGUUUCACCACCAUCUCCGAUGUUAUCGCAAAUAGACGACAUCCCGCCGGAGAGCUUCUGCAAUGGUGACAACAAGCCAGCCAACUGUGGUAGAAAUUGCAUGUGCGUGCAUAAAGUAGACAUACCAAUGCACGCGGUUGUCGAAGUCGUACUCGUAGAUGAAGUACAAUCUCCUAACUUGAGUCACCCGUUCCAUUUGCACGGAUACUCGUUCCAUGUAAUUGGUAUGGGACGUUCGCCAGAUAAAGGCGUCAAGAAAAUCAACUUGAAACACGCUUUAGAUUUAGAUAGAAGAGGAUUACUAGACAGGCAUUUCAACUUACCGCCAGCUAAAGAUACGAUAGCUGUACCAAAUAAUGGAUAUGUUGUAUUUAGAUUUAGAGCUGAUAAUCCAGGUUAUUGGCUUUUCCAUUGUCAUUUCUUAUUCCACAUAGUCAUUGGUAUGAAUUUAGUGCUGCAUGUUGGAACGCAAGCAGAUCUUCCUCCUGUGCCAGAAAGUUUCCCCAAAUGUGGGGACUUUUUACCUCCUAUUAGUUUACAUUAACGAAGUAUUAACUAAGAUUAAAUUAUUGAAACGAAUUUCGCAAGAUACGACAAUCUCGAGUAUUACUCUUUAGUGACAAAAUAGUCGCCGACGAACUCGUCAGAUAGUGCGGAUUUAUUUUCCAGCGAAACACCGUUACCUAUUAACAAGAAAAUCCUCUCGCUAUAAUCUUCUCGUUUACCUAUUCAACCAAUUUUCGUCUCAAUAUCGUCGAAUGCGAGCUUUAAAAAGUGUACAUAGAAUUUUAAAAAGGCAUUUGUAUCAUCAUCUUUUCUGGUAAACGACGAAAUUGUAAUGUUUAAAUAGGUACCUACAAAAUUUUAAUUUAUUUGCUUACAUGAAGGAGUAGCUCGUUAAUACCAAAAAGUACAACCUAUUUUAGUUGUGAUAGUGAAAACUGAGUUGACCAAAAAGUUGGAAAUCGUGCCAUUAUGGAAACUCCUAAACGAGUAGGUAAUUUUUUAUUAAAAAGAUAUUUUUGAACGAAGGUGACAUUUUAAACGUUACAGAAAAUGUAUUUUAUACACACGUAGAAGAAUAUUGCAAGUGCAAUAAUAAUUCGCCAUCAUUGAACACUUGGAAAUGCUUGGUGAUGGCGAAUUUUUCGAUUUCGCUGGAAGACUGUUUUGUCAAAAGGGUUUCUUAAUGGAAAGUUCUUUAAUAACGUUACCUAUUAAUGAUUUCUUUGCAUGUGAUGAGAAACGAUUUUGUAAUCGUGAUUGAGAUGAGCAACGCGAAGAAAUUUUUUAUGUUAUAUUCUAGUUAUGUGUAUAAAUUUUUUUCUAUGUUAAGGAUUUGGCUGUAAAUAUAUAUUUUUUUUUUAUGUAUUUAAGAAGGUGAACGUGUACGUCGAGUAUUCAGAAAAUAUUUUGUUGCCAUAAUCAGCUAUAUACAUUAAACAAUUAAGCUACCUAUGUCAUCUUAAGAUUGAAAAUGAGCGCAUAUUUUAUUAAGAUUUCAAACACUCUUAAUCGUAUCACUUUUUUAAAAAAAAUUAAAAAAACGUGUAUUGUUUUCUCAGGUUAAAUGUUCUCAUGAUUGAGUUAUUACAAAGUUUUUGAAAAGUGUUUUCAUGGAUAAAGGCAAAUUUUUGAAGAUAUGUAUUAUUUCAACGUCUGUUCACUGAUAGCCUUUGUAAUAUGGUCUUAAAAAUCUCUAUCAUGCGAUCAAUUAAAUGUCAAAAAUACUUUAUAAAGGUCUUUAUAAGCACCUAUCCAAAAUUAUUACGGCGAUUAAAUUUGUAUUAAAACAACCUUAUUUUAAGUGAUCAUAUAUUGGCCAUUUAAAUAUAUAAUAUAUUUAGUCAAUAUUAUUAGAAUUAAUUUUAUAGGUAACUAUGAAAUUUAUAUUUACUAAUAUUGCAUUUUGAGAAGCGUUCGUGGACCAACGUUGCAUUAAUUUUUUAUAUUUUUAAAUACCUUCUUAUACUUUUUUUUUUUUUUUUUUUUUUUUCAGUGAAAAUCUAUCUAAAUUAUUCUUAUACACCUAUUCAAUUAAUAUUUCUGAGUCCAAAUCUAAAAUUGAGAUAUCGUGAAUUUCUCCUUUAAUUUUCCUUUACCCACGUGGAUGUACCUACCUGUUUUACUCAACAACCGUGAAAAUAUUUCUUUUCUUAGGUAUUUUGCUCAUUACCGUUAAAUGAAAAUUCACGUAGUCCAAAUUAUUCUUCUCGAAAUGUUAACUAAAUACCAAAUUUAAUUAUAAUUGUAUUAUUAUUAAAGGAGAACUAGAAUCCCAUUAUUACAAAAAUUAGGUAAGUAAUCCUAGUUUGACUGUUUGUGUAUUUAAUUUAUACAUUAAAAAGUUUUAUUGUACCUACUAAAGUUUUAUGAUAAAUGAUAAAUUUGUACAUUUUUGUAUUUUUAUACAUGUGAUUUUUUUGUAUUAGUAUUCUGUUUCUUUUUCUAUUUUUUUUUCUUUUUUUUCAUUUUUCUAUACUUUUUUUUUGUACAGCGCAUAACAAAAAUAAAUGUAAGUUUUACAUA